AAUCAGCUGUUGAGGUCGACCGCGCCAAGGCCCCAAGCUUUACAAGUCGACACGGCCGCCGAGGUGUGGAGCUGAAAUAUCUCCGGAGCGUAAAACGAAUUUCGUGCUGUUAAGGACGUUUUUUCCUGUUCCGCGGGUGGACCCUUUAUACGGCCCUCGUCAACGGACGGCGACCCUUCGGCUUUCGGCGAGUUUCAACGGAUUUAAUCCGGUUGACACACGACUGUUUUCGUCGCCAUUUUGCGUAAAUAAAUCCACGGAUUUUUCCCGCAAAUGACAUUAUCCGACGCAUCCCGGUGAAUUUCUUAGAUGUUCCCGUCCUAGUCGUAAACCCCGAUUUUCCGAGAAAAUGUCUCAACCGACCGGGACCUUCAAUUUCGUCAUCCACGACAAAAAUGGGAACCCGCAGUACAUCAAAGUACAAAAGUCCCAGGCCAAGUCCGGGAAGCCCGAGACUGUUAAGAUCGUAGCACCGAAACCCACAACAACAACCGCACAGGUGAUAAAUACGUCGGGAGCGACCAUCAUCCCAGGAUCUCAAAUUUUAAGGACGGUCAAACUCCAAGGAAAAUCAGCAAGACAAUUUGUAACACUUCCUGUUCAAACACCAGUUCAGAGCGUUAUCAAACAGGAACGUUCUACAGUACAAACAACCACACCAAAAUCUAUUCAAAUCACAUCUCCUCAGCAGUUAACCAUCGUACCUCAGCAAAACAAUAUAAAAACUUAUUAUGUCACACCGGUAAUUGAGACCAAUGGGAACAAGAAGAGAAUCGACGAAGCAGAAUAUAAUGAAUUGUUUAAUGCGGUCUUUUCUUUUGCUGACAGAAGCCAAUACCAACAAAAUGUCAAGAGGAGGAAAACAGAAAAAGGUGGUAAAGGUCUUAGACAUUUUUCUAUGAAAGUGUGUGAAAAAGUCAAAAUGAAAGGCCUAACCUCCUACAAUGAAGUUGCGGACGAGCUCGUUUCAGAGUUCACUGAUCCGAAACACAUACCUAACAGUGUCGAUCAGCAAUAUGAUCAGAAGAACAUCAGGCGGAGAGUGUAUGACGCCCUCAACGUCCUCAUGGCAAUGAAUAUAAUUUCAAAAGAGAAAAAGGAAAUUAGAUGGUUGGGUCUGCCGACCACAUCAGCUCAGGAAAAUGACAGUUUACAGAAUGAAAAGAAACAAGUUGCAGAGCGAAUACGUACUAAAACGCAAUAUCUGAAUGAACUUAUUUUACAGCAAAUUUUAUACAAGAGUGUUAUUCAGAGGAAUUAUGAACUGGAAAAGGUCCGUGGGCCUCCUGUCCCAAACUCAGCCAUCCAAUUACCUUUCAUUGUUGUGAACAGUGAUAAAAAAACAAUUAUUGAUUGCUCAAUAACAAAUGACAAAUCUGAGUACUUGUUUGUAUUUAAUGAUAAGUUCAAAAUAACCGAUGAUUUUGAUGUAUUAAAACAAAUAGGCUUAACACAUGGUCUCGAAGAUGGUACUAUCUCAAGAUCAAACAUUGAAAAGUUGAAAACACUUGUUCCAAAAAAUUUGGAAAAGUAUAUCGACAAAAUGGUCAUCGAUGCCGCUAAUAGAGGAGAAGCCAAUACUCCCAGCCAAAAUGACGGUGAACAUAUAUUUGGAAAUUUGCCUUUGGAAGAUUGUAUUGAGGAUUCUGCGGGAACUUCUGCAGAUGGGUAUACAAAUAUGGAAGACGCAGGUGUACUGGAGUCGGAUGAAGAGUCAAACAUAUCUACAGACAUCGAAAUUAACUAAGGUUAUAAAAAGUAUUGACAACAUGGUUUUUCUUUGCUGUCCGUCUGCGGCAAAUCCACAUUCUCGUUCGGUGUUAAUAAAGAACGAACCCGCCUCUGUACAAAAUCAAACAUUCUUUUUUAUGUACAGGUGAUUUUUAUUUUUAUUUUUUAAUUCACCUCAUUAGUAUUUAAGUUCAAAGUUAAAGUUUAAGUUCAAAGCACAAUUUGCAAAGUAUAUUAUUUGUUAUAUUUUUCAAAGAACUGCAGUUUUUUUUAAAUUCCAGUUUAAACAAUAAAAAGCUUUACGUUAAUGGUGCCUAAUGCAGUUUCUAUUUCAAUUUAAUGUAAACACUUUAUUUAUGUAGUACAUUCAUUUGGGUAUAUUCAUUUUAUUCAAAAACUAUUUAUAAACCAACCUCAUGCCAUUCAAAUUUUAAACACAAAACAAAAGACAGGUUUAAUUUUUAUCAUUAUAUAUCACCUAAACUUUUGGAAUGUCGCUUUUUUUUAUUGUUAUUUUUUUAUUGUUUUAAGUACACCAGCAAAGUUCUGACAGUCAGUUAAAAUAAUUUUAGUUUAAGCUCUUUUACCCACCAUUUGUAGUAUGUAUAUUAUAGUUGACAACUGUAAUAAAACAAUUGUGCUUAAGUUACGAGUAUUUCGUCUAAAUUUCGAUUAAGUGAUAUAUUUGCAGUAUCAGUAUGACCCGAUCGUAUAACGUUAUUAAAUAUUUAUUUAUUGCUCAGAAGUAAUGUUAACAUUUCUUAUUUAUUAGUUAACCGAAUGAAAUAAAUGAUGGUAUUUAAGGUACAAAUUAAUUUGGCAGUUGAUCAGAACUUUGUUUUCUGCACAUUCUAUUGCUUACUAUUAAUCUUUUAUAAAUACUUGUCACUGUCAUCCCUAGUCAGAAGCAUUUCUUACACCUUUGUUCUCCAUGCAUAAAAACUUUAUUUUA